CUCCACCUCCUCCUCUCUCAGACAAUGCGGACACAAACUAAGGAUUUAUAAUUUCUCCGUGGGCUCCCUCCUCCUCUGCACGGUUCUGAAUCUGGUUCUGGAUCUGAAUCUGGUUCUGGUUCUGGAUGCGUGUGUGAACGUUGGGCUCAGAUUACCUGGACUCUGCUGAAGCCGUUUUCUGUCUCGUCCUCCAGGACGCGCUUCAGUGAUGUCGCCUCGUCUGAUCUGAGACGUCGACUCUAGGAAACACACCAGUACCGUCCCACCAUCCAAACGCCCCGGAACCCGUCCUCCCCCUCACCGGGUUCUCCUCAGGGUUCCCUGGUGUUCUGGAACGCUCCUUACGACUCGGGGCCCUCGGACACUUCAUGCGUCUCCCAGCGGCAGAGUCCACCCACACCUCCACCCACAACACCACCACCACCUCCACCAUGAGCUGUGAGCAGGAGUUUGGAGACGGGGCCACGGGAGUCACGCUCACGCUGCGCCUCCUCAUGCACGGGAAGGAAGUUGGAAGCAUCAUCGGGAAGAAAGGGGAAACAGUGAAGAGAAUACGAGAAGAGAGCAGCGCGAGGAUCAACAUCUCAGAGGGUUCGUGUCCAGAGAGGAUCAUCACCAUCACGGGGCCGACGGACUGUGUGUUCAGAGCCUUCACCAUGAUCACCUUCAAACUGGAGGAGGACCUGGCGGCUUUGGUUGCCAAUGGUACAGUGACCAGUAAACCUCCAGUCACCCUGAGCCUGGUCAUCCCGGCCAGUCAGUGUGGCUCUCUGAUCGGCAAAGGCGGCUCAAAGAUCAAGGAGAUCAGAGAGACGACAGGCGCCCAGGUUCAGGUGGCAGGUGACCUCCUCCCCAACUCCACAGAGAGAGAGGUGACGAUAUCAGGGAACCAGGACGCCAUCAUCCAGUGUGUUAAACUCAUCUGCACUGUCAUCCUAGAGUCUCCACCGAAGGGAGCGACUAUUCCAUACCGACCCAGCCCGACCCCGGGAACCGUGCUGCUGGCUGGGAACCAGGUGUUCGAGGCUUCAGACUUUGGUUCUCACCCCCUGUUCUCGGUGGCUCAGGGAGGAGUCGACCUGCAGCAGACGUACGCUGUCCAGGGUCAUUACGGCAUUCCACACACAGAGUUGGCGAAGCUGCAUCAGCUGUCGAUGCAGCAACAAGGUCUGACCCCCAUCAACCAGACGGCCACACAAGUCCUACCUGGAGGGGUGGACGCCAACUCUCAAACCACAUCUCAGGAGCUCCUCAUUCCAAACGACCUGAUCGGCUCCAUCAUCGGUCGCCAGGGCACCAAGAUCAACGAGAUCCGGCAGGUUUCAGGGGCCCAGAUCAAGAUCGGCAGCCAGAUCGACAGCAGCAGCGAUCGACACGUGACCAUCACGGGUACGCCCAUCGCCAUCAACCUGGCGCAGUACCUCAUCACGUCCUGUUUAGAGACCGCCAAAUCCACCGCCCAGUCCUCCUCCAUGCCGUCUCCCGUUGACCUGACCAUGAGCUUCACCCAGCCCGCCCCCCCUGCCUCCGCCUCGUCCUCCUCCUCCUCCUCCCCCCUGGCAGCGAUGGGCGCUGCACUGCCCCACGCUCCACUCCUGGGCGCCCCCUACGCCUUCCCCCUCUCCAGCCUGCUGGGAGUCAAAUCCAUCCCCUACCUGGCCCUGUCCACCCCCUCAGCCUCGGCGGCCGUGGGGGCGCCCAUGCUGCAGGGCUCCAUGCCGUCCACGGCCGCCGUCCAGGUCCCGGCCCACGCCGCAGCGGCGGCCGCCGCCUUGGCGUCCUACACGGCCAAGAUCUCCACCUCAGCCAACGGGAUGAAGAAGCCAGAGAGACAGAAGUUUGCACCGUACUAGAAGAACUCAGUCUGCAUCUCAGAGGUAG